AUGCUUCCACUUGUUGUCCUCCUAGUUUUUCAUGUUUCUGCUUCUUGGGCAGCUUCAGCUUCUGUCUAUGACAACUUUCUUCAAUGCCUAAACACCAACACAAACCCAUCAUCAACCCAAUUGUCCAACAUUAUCUAUGCCCAAAACAACCCUUCAUACUCAUCUGUUCUAAGAGCCUACAUCAGAAACUCAAGGUUCAACACCACUUCGACUCCGAAACCAGUCCUCAUUGUCACACCCUCUGCUGCAUCUCAUGUUCAAGCCUCUGUUGUUUGUGCCAAACAGCUUGGCAUACAGCUGAGAAUCCGAAGCGGCGGGCACGAUUAUGAGGGCCUUUCUUACUGGUCUGAUAAGACCUUUAUUGUCCUCGACAUGUUUAACCUCAGGUCUGUGACUGUAGACAUUGAGGACAGCUCGGUUUGGGUUCAGGCUGGAGCCACACUUGGAGAAUUGUACUAUAGGAUUUCGGAGAAGAGCAAAGUUCAUGGCUUUCCUGCUGGUGUUUGUCCCACAGUUGGUAUUGGAGGGCACAUUAGUGGUGGUGGCUAUGGAAAUAUGUUGAGGAAGUUUGGCCUUGCUGUUGACAAUGUCCUUGAUGCUCAGAUUGUUGAUGCUAAGGGGAGACUUCUUGAUAGAAAAGCAAUGGGAGAAGACCUGUUUUGGGCUAUUAAAGGAGGGGGUGGAGGAAGCUUUGGUGUCAUUGUUGCAUACAAACUGAAGCUGGUUUCUGUCCCAGAAACUGUUACAGUUUUCCAGGCUGCGAGAACGUUGGAAGAGAAUGCAACCGACUUUGUUUCAAAGUGGCAAGAGGUGGCACCAACCACAGAUGACGGUCUGUUUAUGAGGAUGCUACUGCAGCCAGGGAGCAACACAGUUAAAGCCACAAUCAUCGCAGAGUUUCUAGGUAAUGCUGACCAACUUGUGUCAUUGUUGGGGAAGCAGUUUCCUGAGUUGGGUUUGAAGGAGGAGGACUGUAAGGAGAUGAGCUGGAUUGAGUCUGUGCUUUGGUGGGAUAACUAUGAUAAUGGGACCUCCCCUGAUGUGUUGCUUGAUAGAAAUCCUGAUCAUGCAAAUUUCCUGAAAAGAAAGUCUGAUUAUGUUCAAACCCCAAUUUCCAAAAGUAGGUUGGAGUUACUGUGGAAGAAGAUGAUUGAAAUAGGCAAAAUAGGUUUGGUUUUCAAUCCAUAUGGUGGGAUGAUGAGUCGGAUUCCGGCCUCUGCCACGCCUUUUCCACACCGUGCCGGUAACUUGUUCAAAGUUCAGUACUCAGUGAGCUGGGGAGAAGCAGGGGCUGAAGCAGAGAAUAAUUAUACCACAGACACCAGGAGGCUUUUCAGGUUCUUGACCCCAUUUGUGUCCAAGAACCCAAGGAGUGCUUUCUUGAAUUACAGGGACCUUGACAUUGGUGUCAAUAAAUUUGGUAACAGAAGCUAUGAACAAGGGAAGGUGUAUGGCUUGAAGUACUUCAAUGACAAUUUUGAUAGGUUGGUGAAGGUGAAGACUGCUGUUGAUCCAGAAAAUUUCUUCAGGAACGAGCAGAGCAUCCCACCUAAUCCAAGUUUCCACUCAGAGCCACCUAAUCCAAGUUUCCACUCACAGCCACCUUUUUCAAGCUUGCACUUAGAUGUGAAUGGGGGGUCAAGUUCCAAACUAUCAAUGGGGAAGCUGAAGCUAGUACUGGUGUUCUUGUUUAUUUCGUUUUCAUUUUGUAUUUAG